AUGGCAUGCCUGGUAGGAGCAAGACUAGCGUCCUACAUCACAGAAAAGAUUCAAGUCACUCCAGUUCGACGACACCUGUGGACAGAUUCCAAAAUCGCGCUUUGCUGGAUACGUGGAGAUCCACAACGAUGGAAACAAUUCGUCCACAAUCGAGUAAAAGAAAUUCAUGAGCGCACGAGGACAACAGAAUGGGGAUACUGUAACAGUAAAGAAAACCCAGCAGAUUUGUUAACAAGAGGAAUCUCCGCACGAAAGUUGAUCGAAAGCAAAACGUGGUGGUCAGGACCAAGCUGGUUGUCUGAGGAUGAAAGCGAAUGGCCUGGUGGCAGCUCAGAUGGUGACUUCGCAAAAGACGAACUAGAGGGAAAGGAAUCAAGACACGUAUUGCAGACAGUAACGACGGUGACAGACGAAGUCAUCGACAUGCGAAGGUUCAGUACCCUGAAGAAACUGCACAAAGUCAUGGCCUGGGUUUUCAGAUUCACCGAAAAAGCGCGCAAAAGAAGUCGGCAAAGCGGACCGUUGACAGCGCACGAAUUAAGAAGAGCUGAGGAACAGUGCGUGAAAACUGUGCAAGCAAACGCGUUCCCAGAGGAAAUAGCAGCUGUGCGAAGCAAAAAACCGCUCCCGAUGAGGUCAAAGUUACAAGGCAGCAUGCUGUUCGUGGACGGAAAAGGCCUUCUCAGGUCAACAGGCCGAUUGCAGCAGAGCGACUUGCCCUACGACCAGAAGCAUCCCAUGGUAUUGCCAAAGGGAGAUCAUUAUUCGGAGUUGUUGAUCAGACAAUGCCACUGGGACUUGCUCCACUCCGGAGUAAGGGAUACACUUGUGCAAUUGCGGGAGAGAUACUGGAUUUUGCAAGCACGUCAGGCGAUCAAGAAAAUUUUGAGGAAAUGCGUCGUAUGUCAGCGAUAUAACGCAAGAGCUUCAGGACAAGAACCGGCUCCGCUACCAGCAGCAAGGGUGACCCAGGCAGAACCGUUUACAGUGAUUGGACUUGAUUUCGCCGGACCGCUGUGGAUAAGAACUCGACAAUCUGCGAAGAAGGGGCACUUCGUGAUAUUCGUGUGUGCAGUCACUAGAGCCUUGCACCUUGAGAUAGUACAAGACAUGUCAGCAUCCACAUUUCUAUUAGCGUUCCGGAGGUUCGUGGCGCGACGGGGAAUGCCCAACAUAGUCUACAGUGACAAUGCAAAGACUUUUCGAAGGAGCAACAAGGAGCUCCGAGAGUUAUGGGACGUAGUCAACAGCAAAACAGUCAAGGGAAAGGUUGCUGACUGGAGAGUAGAAUGGCGAUACAAUGCUCCUCAUGCUCCUUGGUGGGGCGGCUUUUACGAGCGUUUAAUAAGGUCAGUAAAGGUUGCUCUGAAAAAGACGAUCGGAGCAAGGUGUCUCAAAGAAGCUGAGCUCAGCACAACAAUCACCGAGGUCGAAGCCGUGUUGAAUUCGCGACCAAUAACCUAUGUGUACGAAGAUGAAAAGGAGCGGCCAUUAUCUCCAUCAGCAUUUCUGACUGGAAAACGACUGACGACCUUGCCAGGUAUACCCUCUGGCAAUGUGUAUGGAAGCAAUGCCACCACGAUACAAAGGUUGUGGCAGAAACGGGUGGAAUCUCUGGAACUGUUCUGGAAGAGAUGA